UGUCCUUCUCAGUCCUGAGUUUAAUUUACUCGAUGCUUCUUUCUCAGCUGUCUGCAGUUCUGAAGAAAUGAGGACGAGUGAGUUUGACUCCUCAUCUGAAGACGAGGAAGUCGGAGAGGAGCAGCUGACUCCCUUCCACAUCUCCUGGUUGCCUCUGUCCAUAGUAGAGUGUUCGCAGUUUCUUGGAAUAUGUGCACUACCUGGUUGCAAAUACAAAGACAUCCGCAGGAGCCUGCAAAGAGAUGUUGAGGAGCUCCAGAACCAGGGCGUGCAGGAUGUGUUUGUUUUCUGCACCAGAGGAGAGCUGAACAAGUACCGGGUUCCCUCCCUGCUGGACGUCUACCAGCAGCGAGGCUUCACCGUCCACCACAUGCCUUUCGCAGACGGAGACGCUCCCGAGCUGGAGCAGUGCUGCCGGAUCCUGGAGGAGCUGCAGGUCAGCCUCGACAACAACAGGAGGACGGUGAUCCACUGCUAUGGAGGCCUGGGACGCUCCGCUUUAAUCGCUGCCUGUUUGCUGCUUCAGCUCUCCUUAACAAUGACGCCCAACAAAGCCAUCGAGAUCCUCAGGGAGCACCGAGGAGGAGGAGCCAUUCAAACGGUGAAGCAAUACAACUUCCUUCACGAGUUCCGGGAACGGUACUCGUCCUACCAGGAGAGCAGAGAAGCUGCCACAGAGCGGUCGGUGUCUCGGUGAUCUCUGCUGCUGCUGCUGCUGCUCUUAAAGAGGAACAAAAAUCUCUUCAAACUUGCUCAUUUAUCGGUGAUUCUUCUGACUGCGUGUGAUAUAAUUGUAUUCUCUAAGAAUUGCACUUUAAAAGAAUACUCUAAUAUAUUUCUGCUUCUCGUCCUCAUUAUAAUCAAAUAAACGACUCGAUGAGGAAAUCCUG